GACACGUCUACGGUGUUGAGUCAAGAAGUCGACGCUUACUACCAGACGAAGACAACCCUUGUUCAUCAGGAAGAAAGCAGUAUACCUUAUCAUACAUACCAUGGAUGUACUUAAUCAGAACAUGAGCUUUCCGGGGUGGCUCCUAGCGACUUUCGUGAUAAGUUUCCUUAUGUUCCUAGCAAAUUCUAUAUAUAACCUGUUCUUCCAUCCCCUAGCCCAUAUCCCGGGCCCCUUUUUUGCCCGGAUGAGCGGCAUACCCUCGUGGUAUCACGCCCAUCAAGGUGACCGGUAUAUCUGGCUCGGGAAGCAGUUUCAGAAAUACGGCGACAAGAUCCGUGCGGAGCCAAACACGGUCCUCUUCAACACGCCGGAAGCGUAUGAGGAUAUAUACGCCCCGAAGUCCAACGUGCGGCGCAGCCGCUUCUACGAAGCAUGGCAGCUCAACGGCUUCAAGCCCACGACACUUAGUACUACCGACGUCGCGGAGCACGCGCGGAAGCGCAAGCUCCUGAGCCAUGCUUUUACGGAGAAGUCUGUGCGUGCCGCCUCGGAUUUCGUUGUCCAGAAUCUGGACCGAUGGCACGAGCUUCUUAUCGAGGACGCCAGCUGCGGCUGGUCGCCAGCGGUCGAUAUUUCGGAAAAGCUAGACGAACUGGCCUUUGACAUCAUGGGGGAUCUUAGUUUCGGGAAGUCGUUCAACGUGAAGGAACCUGGCGAUAACAACCCGUUCAAAAACAUCCCCCACAAUAUUACCGAUUACUCGAAACUGUAUAAUUCGGUCGCCCGCUCUCCCUGGCUGGACCAAUUUCUUUGGUUGAAGCCUAGGGGCUUGGACUGGCUUUUAAGCGUAUUGACGCCAUCGUACGUCCGACAGUAUCAACAAUUUGUACACGACAGCGUUACCGAGAGAAUUGCCCUGUAUGAGAAACAAGUCGAAAAGCCGGAGUCCGAACGUCGGCGGGAUAUGUUUUACUAUAUGUGCGAUGCCCGCGAUCCCGACACUGGCCUCCCCGCAUACGAGGAAGACGAGCUCCGAGGAGAAGCCAAUCUGCUGAUUAUCGCCGGGUCCGACACUUCAGCCGCCAGCCUCUCUGGGAUAUUCUUUUAUUUAACAGGCGACAGUAAUCGGUAUGAAAAACUCGUUCGAGAAAUCCGUUCCGAGUUUCAGUCCGUGGACGAUAUAGUGUACGGACCUAGGCUCUUCUCGUUAGAAUACCUCAGGGCGUGUAUUGACGAGGGGAUGCGCCUUACUCCGGCAGCUCCCGGUGAUCUCCCAAGAGAAGUGCUGACAGGAGGGCUCAAGAUCCAAGGUGAAUAUUAUCCAAAGGGAACCGUGGUAGGUACGUCCAACUGGGUACUCUCCCACAAACAAGACGUUUAUGGCGACCCUGAUGCGUUUCGGCCUGAACGCUGGAUCGUAGACGAGACCACGGGUGUAACAGAAGAGGAUGUAAUCAGAGCGCAGUCCUGCAGCCGCCCCUUCUCUCGCGGGCCAGGUAGAUGUCUUGGACAAAACUUUGCGAUAAUGAAAAUCACGAUGAUAGUUGCUCGGACCCUUUAUAGGUUGGAUGUUAGGAGAGAACCAAGCACUACCUUGGGGACAAUGGAAGCAUACGACAGGAAUCACUUCCAGCUGUUCGACGGGUAUAUUUUAUUUCGUCAUGGGCCGAAGGUACAGUUCAGAAAGAGACAACUAGGAAAUCAUGCCUAGACCAAAUUGUUGAUCUGUCCACUUCAACAGUGGGAAUCUAUUAGAAUUAAGACUGUUGUUGGAAUUAUGAGAGAUACAUCAUGGUAGGGGCAUUCAGUUCUGUCUUCGACACUCUUCCUGGAUACGUCGCAUGAAGAGGGUGGUAUCGUUAUAGUGUACGGCUGAGAGAAUGAAUUCAUGUAAUGAACUUUGCAAUGAAUAAAAAGUCGCUCCUAAGGAC